UGUGUGGCGCUGUAGUUCUGGGCGAUCAUUGCAUCACAUCUCGGGCGCUUGGGGAAGGUUGUGUUUAGCGUCUCUCGCAUGCGGCCUAGUCGCAAAAAUCUAUUUCUCACAUGUAUAUUUGCGUAAAGAAGAUUAAGUCUAUAGUUACAUUGAGGUACUAAAGAAAAUGGACAUGGAUGCAGUGAACGCCUUUAACGGGGAGAUGUCAUCCAUGAUGGACAUGACACCCCCAAUAUCUCGAGCCAAAAUGAUGUCAGUAACUAAAGCAGGAAUAAAAGCUAUUAAGCUUUAUAAGCAUGUUGUUCAAAUAGUGGAGAAGUUCAUCAAAAGGUGUAAACCAGAACUAAAGGUUGCUGGUCUCUAUGUGGCAGAUUCAAUUAUCAGACAAUCUCGCCACCAGUUUGGCGCAGACAAAGAUUUGUUUGGCCCGAGAUUCUUGAAAAACUUUUCAGCAACAUUCCAGAACCUUUACGAGUGUCCUGUAGAUGACAAGGCGAAGAUAUUACGUGUGUUGAAUCUGUGGCAGAAGAACGAUGUUUUUGGAAUGGACAUCAUUCAGCCGCUUGUGGAUAUGGCCUCAGCUCCAGUCUUUCCUGUCUUAGAGAAUGGAACCACAGUGGGCGUCUCUCUCGCUACACCAAUGUCAGUACCACACCUGGCACCAUCUGCUGCUACCACAGUGACGCUGCCCACAUUUCAGAACUCUGUGGCUACUCACACUCUUCAAAACCAAGUGGCCCCGCCCACUUUUCAGAACCCUGUGGCUUUUCACAAUUUUCAAAACCAAGUGCCAAUGGCUCCACCCACUCUUCAAACCCCAGUGGCUCCACCCACUCUUCAAACCCCAGUGGCUCCACCCACUCUUCAAACCCCAGUGGCUCCACCCACUCUUCAAACCCCAGUGGCUCCGCCCACUCUUCAAACCCCAGUGGCUCCACCCUCUCUUCAGAACCCGGUGGCCCUUUCUGCGGUUGCCCAGUUGCUCCAGGGCACACAGGGUAUAGAGCAGCUUCUUCAGAGCCUGCAGCAAAGUGGAGUGGCGGGGCCUCCUCAGUCCACUGCCCCGCCCCCUGAACAAAAGCCAUCCCUAGCUAAGACUUUGCUGGAUCGAUUUGAUUAUGAUGAUGAACCAGAACCAAUGGAGGAAACACCUGAACCUGCUCCUGCCCCUGCUGCUCCUCUUACCAUAAACCUCCCCAUAGAAUUACAGCAAGCUAUUCAGGCACAUCUUCUUAGCCAACUAGCUAACCAGAAUCAGGUGCAGGACCAGGUGGCACCUCAGGGUUUGCCAGUGAUGGGGCAGAACCAAAUACCAGAAGACACCGUACAACCUCUUGAUGAGAGCAGUGUGCCGCCCAGUGUCCAGCAGCCACAGGAUCCAGUUGUUAAGAUGGAUCACCGCGUCGACGAUAGAGAGAGAAGACACAGACGAUCAAAAUCCAGGUCUCCGCAAAGACUGUCAUCUUCGUCGUCACGUUCACGCCGAUCACGGUCCGGAUCACGAUCUGGUUCGCGUUCACAUCGGACAAGGUACCAUCGCACACGCUCCCGAUCCAGAGAGCGACGAGCGCGAUCAGAGGAAAGGAGAGAGAGGGAGAAAGAGAGAGAGCGCAGACAGAAAGGACUUCCACCCACCAAGAAGGAAACUCUCAGUGUGUGCAGCACUACUUUAUGGAUUGGCCAGCUGGAUAAAAAGACUCUACAACAGGAUAUUAUGAGUCUGAUGGAGGAAUUCGGACAGAUUGAGUCAAUUAAUAUGAUUCCUCCUCGAGGUUGUGCCUACAUUGUUAUGGUGCACAGACAGGACGCAUACACAGCCCUAAACAAACUCAGCAGAGGGAAUGUUAAAGUCAACCAGAAAUCUAUAAAGAUCGCAUGGGCAUUGAAUAAGGGCAUAAAGUCAGAGUUUAAGAAAUACUGGGACGUGGAGCGGGGCGUCACUUAUAUCCCCUGGGGCAAAGUAAAACCAGAUGAUAUUCAGAGUUAUCGAGAUGGAGGCAUUCUGGAUGUUGAAACGCUCAAAUCAGAGUGGAACGUUGCUGUGGCCAAACCAGCUGUGCCAGUCGCAGGAGGACCAGAAGGAGGACAGGGGGAUGGAGCUGCACCCGUAACGGUAUCACAGAGCCCCACACUUCAGCCAUUGGCCCCUGUGAACGUCCCGCCGAUUCCUCUACUUAACAUCAACCUGACUCGUCCUCCAUUGAUCUCUGAAGCUCCUCCUCUCGCUUUUCCACGUCCAGGAUUCAACCCGGCACAGAUGCCUGCAGGUUUUCCUCCUGCCCAUCCAGUGGCUCCAAUGAACUCCGCAGGUCCACUUUUAAACAAUCUAGAAAACCCAAUGGAAGACCCAUCAAGAAACUCACAUCGUGUUCACACGGACAUGACUGGGGGUCCACCGCUGAGUCCCCCCUCCUCUGGGGGCCUUCUGGGGCCCAGACCUGGAUCCCUACCUCCACACUCCCAUAUGGGACCCAGCCCACCGUUCAUGCAACCCUUCCCUAACGACAUGCCCCGCCCCAACAUGCAGUCUCCGAAUAUGCCCCACCCCAACAUGCCAUCUCCGAAUAUGCCCCACCCCAACAUGCAGUCUCCGAAUAUGCCCCACCCCAACAUGCCGUCUCCGAAUAUGCCCCACCCCAACAUGCAGUCUCCGAAUAUGCCCCACCCCAACACACCGUCUCCGAAUAUGCCUCGCCCAAACAUGCCGUCUCCGAAUAUGCCCCGCCCCAACAUGCCGUCUCCGAAUAUGCCCCGCCCCAACAUGCAGUCUCCGAAUAUGCCCCGCCCCAACAUGCCAUCUCAGAAUAUGCCCCGCCCCAACAUGCAGUCUCCGAAUAUGCCCCGCCCCAACAUGCCAUCUCCGAAUAUGCCCCGCCCCAACAUGCAGUCUCCAAAUAUGCCCCCUCAAAUGAUGUCGCCCAGGGGCCCCAACCCCAUGCAUGGAGAACCUCCCGCUGGUAGAUUCCGGAUGCCCAUGAUGGGUCCUCCAGUAAAAGAAUUCCACCCUCCCAGAGAAGGAUUUUCUCCUCGCGGGCCACCCAGGGGCCCCAGGGUAGAAGAAGAAUGGGAAGAGGAACCAGACAGAAAUAACUGGAGAGAACGUGGACCAGAAAGGGGGCCGGAGAGGUUUGAACACGAGCCGCAGUUUCAUCGGGGAGGUUGGGGGAGAGGUGGCCGUCGCGGUCGGGGUCGCUUCGGGAACUGAAUUUAUUUCUUUUAACUCGGAUGCUUGUAUAACCCGACCGCAGAAUACAGGAAACACUGUCUCCUGUGGAGAAUGAGACCCGUCCAUACGAACAUAACGGACGCUGUUCCUGAAGUUCACGUUGCACACGGUGGUGCUGAACUUUCUUUACGUUGAAUAUUAUUCCGAACUGGAAAACAGAACCGGUUUUCCUAACGAAAUAUGAUUCUUUCUGUGUGAAAGUGAGAAGGUCUACGAUUUCACAACAUGAACUCUAACGUGCAGAGAAUGAAGGUGUCACAUGAUGAAUGUAAAUAGUCCAGUUUGCACACUGUAAUACAUUUCCACCCUAAAGAAAUAACCUCUUUCUGUUGUGUAUAUUUAGAGGUAAUGUUUGUUUAAUACUUCUGUACCUUUUUAGAGAUAAAGGCAAAGGUUACUACAAUUUAAAAUGAUGGAAACAGUCCAUUUCCGUUAAGCCGUGAGUUACACACAUCAUACUGUAGUAUAGCUUAUGUUGGCAUUUAAUUUUAGGAAACUGCUUUUUUACCAGUCACAUGCUUGUUUUCAUCUGUGUUAAUGGUUUAUAUUAACAUGCUGAAAUAAAAAGAGUAAAUGUUGUGGACAUAAAUAAAAGGAGUUUUAAUACGA